GGAACAAUUUCCAGGCCCAGGACUUUCUACCAGUUGUCAUUGAAGGAGCUCGAAGCUCUUACGCUGCCCGUCUCGGAGGUUGCCUUGCCAUUCCACAAACGAUGUCCAAUGGUUGCCGAGAACAGAAGUGAGCUGGUAUACCUUCCUUGUUUUGACCGCUUUAUCGGGAUGGUCCAGAACACACGGAAGAGCUCGACUCCGCUAUCUCCACGACGAAGCUUCAGCUAAGCAGCUUUGUCUUGUGAAAAAAGGGGCUCAAGUACUCCGUGCCUUACGUACAUGAGCUCCUUUCCAAACCAAGCUCUCCAACAUCGUCUUCUAUGCAUCACUGCCUCGCGCUGCAGGCCUCGUAAGCACGGGGCUAAGACUCGCAGGGUUCAUCAUCUGAACCAAAAAGGGUUUGGUAUGGGCGGCGGCUUGGACCUCGUCCUGAAAACUGAGAGAGAAAAGGGAAAUUUGCGGGUCCAUCAACCGUCAAAGUGGAGACCAGGUGCAGCGACCAAAAGCCAUCAGCCACACCUGAACGGACCACUCGGGUGCUCGUCAACUGGCCAGCAACGUGCAGGCACUGGAUGGGAGAGGCCAAGGCAGCGCAAGCUGGGGAGAUUAGAUCAAUCCGAGCCUUCACAAACCACCAACAACCAGUUACCACUUCUUCCUUCCAGUCAAUUUUCAAGGAAGCAAGUUGAACAACGACGGAGCGCGCGCCAUCGCAUUGAUCCCGACAGAUAUCAUUACAGCAACCUUUGACGAGACCAGGACAAAACACAUCAAUUGAACAGAAAGCGGUGCAAUUGCGUCAGCUACAAUGUCCUACAAUCCUUACAACCAGGGCCCCUCGGCCGAAGCUGGAUAUGGCGGUGGAUAUGGACAACCCGAACAACAUGAGAUGCAAUCAUAUGGACAGCAGUAUGGACAACCCUACGGUGGACAAUCUUACGGACAACAACCCUACGGCGCGCCACAACAGCAACCAUAUGAUCCUCCUCAGCAACAGUACGGCUCAUCAGCUACCGUCCUCACCCAAAACCAGUUCCUCGAGCGCGUGUCGGCCAUUCGCCAGGAAAUUCAAGGCUUGACCCAGAUUAUCCGCAGAGUCGAAUCUCUUCACCAUGCUGCCUUGUCCAGCACCGACGGCCAUGCUCAGGCCGAGCUCGACGCCGAGGUCGCCAAAUCGCAACUCAAGAACACGGCCAUCAAGGAUCAGAUCCAGUCUUUGAAGAUGGAUACGGAGCGGACGACAGCCGAGCAUGGCACCUUUGCCCUGAAGAAGCGCCAGUUCGACAGUCUCAACAACGAUUUCAAGGACACCAUCCAAAAGUUCUUGCAGGAGGAGCAAGCCUACAGACAGCGCUGCCGCGAGCAGAUCAUGCGCCAGUACAGAAUCGUCAACGAGAACGCCACCGAAGCCGAACUGCAGCAAGCCGCUGAUGCCAACUGGGGUGACGAGGGUAUCUUCCAGACUGCCCUCCGCUCCAACCGCUCCGGCCGCGCCUCGGAAGUUCUCGGCAAUGUCCGCGCUCGCCACAACGACAUGAUUAAGAUUGAACAGUCCAUCAACGACCUUGUCGACCUUCUCGACAUCCUCAACCAGCAGAUCGUUCAGCAGAGCGCCGUCAUCGAGGAUGUGGCUCAAAAGGCCGAGCAGACGACGGACCACCUCGGCAAUGCCAACACCCAGAUCCAGACUGCUGUCAAGAGCGCUCGCAACAGGAGAAAGCUCAAGUGGUGGUGCUUGGGUAUUACCAUCUUGAUCCUGAUCAUCAUCGCUGUGGGUGUUGGUGUCGGUGUUUCUGUUGUCCAAAAGAACAACCCUCCCGCUCAAUAAGCAUGCCAGUAUUAGAAUCCGUUUGCGGAAGCGCUGAUUGACUGGGUUGUGUUUGGCACUUUUUGGUGCCUGUUUUUCAAGGAGAAAAGGCGUAAUACGAAAGAGUGGAGGAGAGCGUUUUCAACAUGCAAUCUGUUGAUUUUGUAUGAGCGAAGGGCGUGGGCGGUGGAAAUGUUGAUUUACGAGAUCAUUAUAAUAGACUCCCAAUAGGGUUUGGGGGGGACGUGUAGCAACGCAAAAACAGGACCCUGGUUUGGUGGUGGUAGCUGGUGAUUGAUGUUAGGCGGGACUUAAUGACGGGUUUUUGAUGGAACAUGCUGCUAAUGAUGAUGGGUCCGUCAUUGGCCGGGAGUGAGAAAUCAGGGGUUUCUUUCCUUCUUCUUCUCAGUCUAGGUAUAAGAGAAGAUGGUAGUUUUUUCUUGUUAUUUUUUGGUUUUUUUAUUGGGGAGGAGGCUCACGCGCGUUGUUAAUUCUUUUCGAGUAAACCACUAUGUAGCAUGUACAAAAGUACAGAGUACAUACGGAUUAAUUCAUGUCUUUUUUUUUGUUCCCUUCGCUCA